AUGUUGUUGUCUCGCUGGUCUCUGCUGCUACUCUGGUCUCUGCUGGUUCUGCUGGUCCACUCCCCCCUGACCCAGUCCAGACCAGCUGCUUCCCUCACUGACACAGACAGUGACACAGGUAAGAGACAUGGGCCACAUAAAGAUCUUAUAUUCUCUCUCUCCUCUUUCUUGCUUGCUCUCUCUCGGCAGGGCUGCGUCUCAUUAGCCUUCUGUGUGUGCUUGCUCUCUCUCGGCAGGGCUGCGUCUCAUUAGCCUUCUGUGUGUGCGCGUGCUUGCGUUUGCUCGCUUGUGUGUGUUUAACGUGAACCUUCUCUUCCUCUUUCUUAUCUGCUCUUUUUCAUGUCAGGCUGAGGGUUCUGGGUUUAGGCUGCUUCCAUGAUGGUUCAAUCCCACUGACUCUGUUCUGCUGUCUGGAACUGUUCAGUUAGCAGUGGGUCUCUAUUCUGAGCCAUAGAACUGAACAUACUCUUCAAUUUAUGCGUGUGCGUGUGUUUGGGGUUGGGGAGGUUCUAUAUUGGUCUAGAAAGGACCUCAAUCUUCAAGGUUUGUCCAUUUAGUUUAAAAACUGAGGAUGUUUACAGUGAUUUUUCAUGGUGCAACCACGGUUUAGCUUCUUCACCGCUGGCUAUGGUUUACAUAUCCUGUCCCCACACACGCACACACACACACACACACACACACACACACACACACAGACACACACACACACACAGUUGGAUGGAUGUGGAACAGAAAGGCUGUGUUUGGUAGGAAAGGAUGAAUGCUGUCUGAAAGGAGCUGGUUUUAUUUCUAUUGGCGAGUCCUGUAACCACGACCAUCCUGACCAGCCCUAACACCAUGUGGUGUGUGCGUGCUUGUGUGUGUGUGUGUAUUUUGGAUACAACCAUCUGGCUUCCAGUGGAGAGAAUGUGUGUUUGAUACAGUUGUUUUGGAACCCAUAAAUUCUUGUUUUUCUCUCAGUCAAAAACACCAAAAUGUAACUUCUGCUGCAAAAUUGCCCAAACAAUUUUUUCCCCUCUCUUUCUCUUCUCUUCUCUCUCUCUCAUCUCCUCUCUCUCUCUCUCUCUCUCGCCGUCUCUCUCUCUCCUCUCUCAUCUCUCUCUCUCUCUCCUUCUCCUCUCCACUCUCCUGCUCUCCUGCUCUCUUCUUCUCUCUCUCGUCUCUCGGCUUGUCUCCUCCUCCUCUCUCCUCUCUCCCUCCUCUCCUCCAUCCUCUCUCCUUUCUCCUCUCUCUCUCACUCUCUCUCUUCUCUGUCUAUCUUUGACAACCUUUCAUUAGUAAUAUUCCCCCUGCUAUGAGCAGACAGUAUUCAGGACUUCCCAUAAUGCAGUUUCUGUAAACCUCUCCCUGUAGAUUACAGACCUGCUGUAGUGAGGUUGGGAGCUGGGAUUCCGGGAUGGUCUAUGUCACUCUGUGGUGGUGAUGAUUAUGGACCUAAUCUCUCUAGAUUACAGAAGAUAUGAUGAUGAGUCGUGCUUUCUCUGGUCGCAGUCCUGCUGAGAUGUGGGGAGGGAAGGGAUGCGGCAGAAAAUGUCCUUAGUUAGUAAUAUAGUGGUCCUCUGUAGCUCAGCUGGUAGAGCACGGCACUUGUAACGCCAUGGUAGUGGGUUUGAUCCCCAGGACCACCCAUACACAAAAAAAAUGUAUGCACGCACGACUGUAAGUCGCUUUGGAUAAAAGCGUCUGCUAAAUGGCAUAUUAUUAUUAGUAGUAGUUAUAUAUUGUAUAGUAAUCAAUAUAUACGUCCUGCUGAGAGAUGGAAAGGGAUGUGUGGUAGAAAAUGUCCCUGCUUAUAAUAAUCCCAUAUCUGACGUGGCUGGAUCUGUGAAUGCUGUGGAAUGGAACCCUAUCCGACUGUCUCUAAUGGUAGAAGGAAGAAGGCUUUUUCUCAUUCAACGUAUUCAAACAGGACCCAUUAUUAAAGCUCUGGAGCGCUCCUCUCCCCAAACUCACCCCUCCUUCCCCAACUCACCCUCACACCCAUCCUUACCCUUUGUUUGCAACCAUUUGUCAGAAUGAAGGUGCUGAUGAUUAGUGUGUUUGUUUAUCUCUGAACUGGGGGUUAGGGAGCUACAGGGGAACUCUGAAGGAGUGGUGGUGUGUGUGUGUGCGCUGUGGCCACAGUCAGGGCACCUUAAAAGGUGAAAGGUUCAUCUUUAUGCCGUUUCCCUUCCCACUCAGCAGGAGCAUCUCAGACCCCCCACAGAGUAACCUUGUCUCAGCCCUUCCUGUUUGCACACACACACACACACACACACACACACACAUAUUGGUUUCUAACUUGGCAUACGUAAUCGUUUAAGAACUACAGCAAUACUGAAAGUGUUCCUCUCUCUCCAUAGCUGACAUGCUUACAUCGUCUGAGGAUGAAGAUGAUGAUGAAGAGUCUUCCUCAGAGGAAAAAAAACUGUACAACAACCAGAAGCUCCAACGUAAGCCCCUUCCUCUGACCUCUUUCCCCCACACCUUACCUGUCACUCCCCUUCGCUCCCUCUAACUUUAUUAGUAUGAAAAAGUAGGAGCCAAACCAACUUACAAAAAGAUUGAGAUUGAAUACAAAGUUAGAAAUAUAAAUACCUCUUUCGCUCUAGCGAUGGCUCCUCGGUGGGUGACUCCAGACAAGAUGGAGAAGAGACUCCAUGCCGUUCCUGCCAGUAAGACUGUUAAAUUCCGUUGCCAGGCGACUGGUAAUCCCACUCCAACUUUGCGGUGGUACAGGAAUGGAAAAGAGUUCAGGAGAGACCAGCGGAUUGGAGGCUUCAAGGUAUGUAUGUUUGUACAGCCCUCUGCUACAUACUGUGUUGUCUGUAUAGUGUAUCAUCAGUAAAGUCAGCAGAUAAAUAGCAUACCUUAAAAGUAAAGAUUAGAUUACAGUGCCAAGGGGUAGUAUGUAUAAAGAUAACAGCAACGGUCCAAGCACUGAACCUUGGGGAAAACUACAUUUGACUUAUUUCUACUUUACUACAUUUCAAUCACAAACACCACACCAAAUGUGUAUUUUUCUUGGUUACUCUUAACGUUUUCACUCCCUUGACUCUCUCUCUCUCACCCCCUCCCUCUUUCAGCUCAGAGACCACAUGUGGACUAUAAUAAUGGAGUCUGUGGUCCCGUCUGAUAAAGGCAACUACACAUGUCUUGUGGAGAACAAGCACGGCAGCCUCACACACACCUACCAGCUAGACGUAGUAGGUCAGUAUGUGUUUGUGUUUACUUCUGAGAUGCGUACAUAGAGAGAUGUAUAUGUGUAUGUUUGCAUCACUCACGUUUCAUGUGUGUUUGUGUGUUCUAGAACGUUCCCCUCACAGGCCCAUCCUCCAGGCAGGCCUGCCAGCUAAUCGUACGGCAGUGGUGGGUAGCGACGUGGAGUUUGUUUGUAGAGUGUUCAGCGACCCUCAGCCCCACAUCCAGUGGCUCAAACGCAUCACCAUUAAUGGCAGCAGAGUGGGACCAGACGGACUGCCCUACGUACGCGUACUGAAGGUACACACACACACAUAUAUCUACGUACGAAUUCUGAAGGUUAACACACACUGUAUUCACGAGGGCUACCCCACAUAAACAUCUCUAUCACUCUCAGACUGCAGGGUUUAACACCACAGACAGGGAGAUGGAGGUGUUUACGCUGAGGAAUGUGUCUGUGGAGGAUGAAGGAGAGUACACCUGUCUGGCAGGAAACUCUAUAGGAAUGUCUCACCACUCUGCCUGGCUCAGCGUGAUCAAAGGUACACACACAUAAAUAAACUUGAUUAUUCUUAACUUUAUGCACUUUGUGUACAAACCUUUGCAGCCCAUUGUGCUUUACAAAUGUGCACUUAAAAUGGAAGAGAACAAACAAUCAAAUGUUUUUUUUAAAUGAAGAAAAAAAGAAAAGCAUGAAUUCAUCCCCCUUCACUCCCUCUUCUGCAGACACGCCCCCCUCCCCCGUACCGUCUCAGGCCUACCUGGAGAUCUUCAUCUACUGUGUCGGCUUCUUCAUUAUCAUGCUCCUGGUCGCCAUGGCGACCGCCUGCCGACUACGCUGCUCCCCGAAGAAGAACGACUUCAGCAGCCAGCUGGCUGUUCACAAACUGGCCAAGAGCAUUCCCCUACGCAGACAGGUAGCACACACACAUACCCAUGACCCACGAUCGUGUGACGCGUAACCUUUGCCUGAGACGUGAAUACUUUUUUUCCUGAGCUAAUCCCUAGUCUUUAGUUCAGCAGGCUAACGCUUACCAUAUCCUCUCUCACUGCCUCUCCCUCUCUUUCUCUAGGUGUCAGUAGACUCCUCCUCCUCUCUGCAGUCGGGGGUGUGUCUGGUCAGACCCUACCGCCUCUCCAGUGGAGCCACGCCCAACCUGGCCGGCGUGUCAGAGUAUGAGCUGCCUGCGGACCCGCUCUGGGAGCUGUCACGAGACAGGUACUAGAGGGCUUAUAUCCCUGCAUAGAGAAUACACAACCUAUAAUUUAGGCAAUACAUAACAUAAGGCAUACAUAACCCUGCAUAUGGCAUACAUAAUCUGCAUAAGGUGCUUAUAACUUAACCAAGGGGAUUGAUAACCUCCAUGAACAGGACAUUCAUAGCCGUGGUCUGUGUUCUAGGCUGUCUCUGGGGAAGCCACUGGGUGAAGGUUGUUUUGGUCAGGUGAUGCUAGCAGAGGCUGCAGGUCUGGACAGAGAAAAACCCUCCCGUCUCACCAAGGUUGCCGUGAAGAUGCUUAAAGGUUUGUGAAACUACUGCUGACUACUUCUUGAAAUAUAAAUGAGAAUAAACUUAGAUUUUGGUAUCAUCAUUUCUAACCCUGAAAAGAGUGUUUGUAUUGGUUGAUAUUGAUGUGAUGUCACGUCCUAUUUCCUGUGUAGCGGACGCCACAGAGAAGGACCUGAGUGAUCUGAUCUCUGAGAUGGAGAUGAUGAAGAUGAUCGGGAAACACAAAAAUAUCAUCAACCUGCUGGGAGCCUGCACACAGGACGGUAAGACUGGCGCUGUGUGUGUGCUUGUGCAUGUGUGUGUGCGUGCGUAUGAGCAGAAUAGCAAACCAUAAGUACAAAGAGGAACAGUAUGAAGGGAUAAAGAUAACAGCAGGGGUCCAAGCACAGAACCUUGGGGAACACCAAAUGUUACAUUAUAACUGGGGUUUGGCAGUAUCCAGAUUUUAAUAUCGUCAUACCGUCCUUCUCUCAUCUCGGGAUUUAUGGUAUUACCGUCUUAGUACACAAGGGGGUGCUAAAAAAGCAAAAAAAAGCCCAUUGGUCAUCCAUUACCAGAAUGCUAACAAAAAUUGCACAAACUAAUAGUGAAUUUCAAUAGAGGCUGCUAGCUAAAUAUGCUAAACGAGCGCAAACAAAAUAAACUAACUGCAAAGACAUGCAAUCCAGCUCAUACAGCUAUACAAGUAUAGGUAGUAGCUACUGAAUGUCAUUUUUGAACACGUUUGGACAUUUUCAAGCGAAUGUGAACGAGAGACAUUGUGCAAAUGAACAAAGUUUUGACACAUGCUUGUCUGAAGGAAGAACAGUACUGGCUCUGGAGCAGUAUGUGUACAUGCUGUGUCUGUGUGGAGUCUGGAGUUGCUAGGGCAAGGGCCUGCCUGCUCUGCUCGGAGAAGAUGGGGGAGGAAAACGUAAGGAAAUCAAAAGAUCGCAGCAGUGGUCAGCUUUACAGAUAACUCAUCCAAAGCACUUUGACUUCUCAAACACGGCAGAAAGCGUCUCUUUAUUAAUUCAGCCACUUACUUAGCUAACUAGAAAGUUAAACCAAAUAGACAGCUGGACUCACCAGCUCCCGUUUUCUCCCAUUGUGCUAUUUAAAAAACGAGUGACUGGCUCAACUGUUCUGGGGAACUACAGUAAGCUUCAUAAUGUAAAAUAAUGUGACAGGUGAAAUGAAGAACGCAAUCUAGUUUAUCACCUAAAGUAUUGCACAAGUUGACUGCAGGUAUUAACUUAAAAAGUUGCUACAAAUAGUCAAAUUGAACGAAAAACUUCAAAUAAAUAGUUUUUAUAUAGGUUAUAUAUUGUGAGUUUUUGUGAAAGAGCGCAGUUAGAAAGAUAUGGCAUAUAGAAGCAUACUAGAUGGACAUCAUGAAAAUGAUCGGAGGAAGUUCAGGAGUAAAAACAAACAAAAUAUAAUUAGUGACUGUGUCCAUAAAAUGUAUAUAGUAUGUAUAAGCAUGAAGUAGAGGCCUAAGCAUUGUUGUUCACUAGUUUACUCCAAUUAGGGAGGGGAUGGUGAGGUUGGAAAUUAAUAAAGGGAAAUAUAUAUAUUUUUAAAGGAUAUGUAUGUAUGUAUGUGUGUAUAUAUAUAUAUAUGUGUAUGUAUGUGUAUAUGUAUGUAUAUAUGCGAGAGAAAAAAGAAAAAAAAACAUAUGGGGGAUUGGAAGUGAUGCAGACAAUUACAUUGAUGGAAGUUACAAUCUAUCUGCAAUAUUAAAGCUGAUCUACCCCCUAAAAAAAAAGAUUUAGAAAAAACAAAACAAGGUAUUACAAAAAUCAACAAAAAUCAAUAAAUAAAUAGUUUUAACGGUGUUGAAAAACCAUCCCGUGGCUUUUUCCAAAUACCCCUGUAUACGCUAUAUACGGUAUACCGCCCAAGCCUAAUUAUAACCCUCUUCUCUCUCCAGGCCCUCUCUACGUGGUGGUAGAGUAUGCAUCUCAGGGCAACCUGAGAGAGUACCUGCGGUGUCGGAGGCCCGUGGGUCUGGAGUACUGGUCUGGGUCUACCCAGGCCCCCUUGGACAGCCUGGAGGUCAGGGAGCUGAUGUCUGCUGCCUACCAGGUGGCAAGGGGCAUGGCCUACCUUGCCUCACAGAAGGUCAGAGAAGAGACCAGUGUUAUUGUCUCUCUUUCUGUCUGUCUCUCUCUCUUCGUUUGCAUCUAUUAUUUUCUCUUAUUCUGCUUCUCCCUUUCUCCUAGAAGUGUGGACAUUUGUGUCAAUCAAUGAAUUAAUCAAUAAGUUGUUUGUUUUGUAGUGUAUCCACAGAGACCUGGCAGCCAGGAAUGUGUUGGUGACAGAGGACAAUGUGAUGAAAAUCGCAGACUUUGGGCUGGCCAGAGACAUCCACCACAUAGACUACUACAAGAAGACAACCAACGUGAGUAACUUGGUCUAAAUGGAGCGGGUUGACUUAAACAGACAGACAGACAUAUAGAUGGUUUAACCCCUUGUUUUCUUCACAGGGUCGUCUGCCAGUGAAAUGGAUGGCACCAGAGGCUCUGUUCGACCGCAUCUACACUCACCAGAGUGACGUGUAAGUCUCACACUCUUAACUUUUAAUAGACAUCAUGUUGUGUUGUGCCAUGGCGUUGCGUUGCGUUGAUCCAUCAUGUUAUGUGUCCAGGUUUAUUUUCAAGCCCACCAAUAAAUGUCUCUGAUAAAGUGAUAGUUAAUUGUAUUGAAUUCUGUGUGUAUGUGUGUGUUGUAGGUGGUCGUUUGGUGUGUUGCUGUGGGAGAUCUUUACUCUAGGAGGCUCUCCCUACCCUGGUGUCCCUGUAGAGGAGCUGUUCAAACUGCUAAAGGAGGGACAUCGUAUGGACAGACCAGCCGCCUGCACAGAGGAGCUGUGAGUACACACACACACACAGUAUAAUGUCCUCACAAGUAUAGUAAUACAAGUAUAAUAAUGUCCUUGCACGUAUAGUAAUGCAAAUACACAGUCUGUUCUUACCCGGUGGUGUUUGUUCUCAGGUACAUGAUGAUGAGAGACUGCUGGCAUGCUGUUCAGUCUCACAGACCAACCUUCCAACAGCUGGUAGAGGAUCUGGACCGCACACUCUCGCUCAUGGCCAACCAGGUAAACACACACACACACACAGUGUCAUUUUCGUAUAAUUUGAAUUUUUCGUGUCAUUGAAAGACCUCCUGUAGCUCAGUUGGUAGAGCAUGGCGCUUGCAACGCCAGGGUUGUGGGUUCGAUUCCCACGGGGGGCCAGUAUGAAAAAUGUAUGCACUCACUAACUGUAAGUCGCUCUGGAUAAGAGCGUCUGCUAAAUGACUAAAAUGUAAACAAAUGUAAAAUGUUUCCCUGAACGUGUCCUCUCUCUCGCCCUCCUGCUGUUUCUGCUCUCUCUCUAGGAGUAUUUGGAUCUGUCCAUCCCUGUGGUCCAGUAUUCUCUAGCGGGUCCAGACACCAGCAGCUCCUCUGACUCCUCCAGGGAGACGACCCACAGAGCAGAGUACUCUUCCCGGAGCCCGUCCCAGACUUCCACCCUGCUCUACACCCAGCACACCCCCCCUAGGACCCCUUCUCGAACCUCUACCCUGGCCUACGACCACCAUAUUCCCUCCCGGAUGUCCAUCCUGACCUACACCAUACCUACCCAGCACACCACCACCUGGGGACACAGCCAACGUUGAUCUACACACCUUAACCUAUCCACCUCCCUUUUAGUCAGUCCCUACCAUGAUCUCUGCUUUCAUCUCAGCUACUACUGCCCCCCUCCUACAGCCAGCCUUUCCUACCCCCAGCCCCUCCUACCCCCCACCCCCAGGCUUCUACCCCCAGCCUCUCCUUGGUGACUGGGAGACCUACCAGAGGGCAGGACACUAG